GGGGGGACCCGUAGUUCAAGAUGGCGGCGGCGGAGGAGACGCUGUGAGACACAGAGACCGUCAACGGGUCUCUGCCGACACUAACGUGAAAGAUGACGUCAAAAAACAGCAACUCAUCACUGUCCAGAAAGAGUUAUCAACUGAGCUCUGACACGGAGAAACCAAAGGUCACAGGUAUUGUGAACGACAAGCUCCUCAGUGACUUCCUCCACCACAUCUUCCCCAGCUCUGAGAACAGAGGGCUGGCAGCAACAUUCAGAAAACCUUUGAACUUUCAAAACUUGAACGAACACUUGGAUCGGUUGUUAUCUGAUGGCAUUGACAGUGAGGCCGAGAACAAAGAGCAAAGUGUUGAUGGACGUCUCGGCCCAGCCAUGGUUGUGCUCGAUCACACCAGCGGGUUCGAGGGCUUGCUGCUCGUAGAUGAUGAUUUGCUCGGUGUUGUUGGCCACAGCAAUUUCAGCUCUAUCCGAGCCACUACGUGCGUGUACCAAGGGAAAUGGAUGUACGAGGUUCUGAUCUCCUCUCAGGGCCUGAUGCAGAUUGGCUGGUGCACUCUUCACUGCAGGUUCAACCAGGAGGAGGGAGUGGGUGAUACUCCAGAUUCUUACGCUUACGAUGGGAACCGAGUACGGAAAUGGAAUGUCACUACCACCAGUUAUGGAAAAUCUUGGGCGGCUGGGGAUAUCGUCACGUGUGUAAUAGACCUAGACGAAGGGAAGAUUGGCUUCUGUCUAAAUGGGAUAUCUUUGGGCGUUGCAUUUGAUAACAUCAAAUUGGGCCCUGGUUUGGCCUACUUCCCAGCUAUCAGCCUGUCCUUCAAAGAAUCCGUGGCUUUCAACUUCGGAAGCCGCCCCAUACGAUAUCCAAUGGAAGGAUAUCGUCCAAUGCAAAAUCCACCUGAGGCAGAUCUCACGAAGGCCCACAAACUGUUGGGAUACCUGAAGAACGUGAUCACUACCGGCAUUGACGUACAGGAAGCCAAGUUGACUGUGAAGGGAGCGUCUUUGUGGCAAGCUGAAGGAGAGCCCACUGUGAUCAUCGCCCUCGCUCACAUCUUCAACCGCUUCGCGCCCCUAAUGUGUAAAGUUUACCUGGUGGAAGAAGUACUGAUGACUUAUUUCUUGAGUAUAUUGGAGGUCGGUGGUUCAGUGGACGAACACCCACUGAUUCAGCAAUUGCUGGACCUCAUGUGGCUCUUAAUGGAGGAUUAUGAAGUGCAGGAGUGUUUAAAACAGCUGAUGAUGUCAUUGCUUCGGGCGUACCGGUUUUCUCCUAUAAUCCCUGAUUUAGGACUUCAGAUCCACUACUUGCGCCUCACCAUAGCUAUUCUGCGGCACGAGAAAACCAGGAAAUAUCUGCUCAGUAAUGUCUUGUUUGACGUGCUGCGUUCAGUUGUGUUUUUCUUCAUCAAGACCCCACUUCGAGUGGAGGAGGCGGGGUUGGAGGAGCUCAUUCCCACCACAUGGUGGCCAACAAGGUUUGACAAAGAGGGGAAAGAGACGAGAGAGGAAAGUGCUGAGGAGAGGCUAAGACGCCGGGCGUAUGAACGCGGUUGUCAGCGAUUAAAGAAACGUAUUGAAGUCGUAGAGGAACUGCAGGUUCAGAUCUUGAAAUUGUUUCUCAACAACAAAGAUAAGGGGUCGUCGGGUGAGGCUUCCAGAUAUAUUUUCCUGAAUAAGUUUCGAAAGUUUCUACAAGAGAAUGCGAGCAGUCGAGGGAACCCUACAAUCCUUUGUCCACCCGAGUACAUGGUCUGCUUCCUACAUCGACUGAUUGCUGCUUUGCGAAGCUACUGGGAUGAGUACAGGCGGAGAAAUCCAUCCGCGAUUGCCAGUGAAGAUGCCUUUGUUCCCCCUCAGCUGUUUUACAAUGGGAAGGUGGAUUACUUUGACCUGCAGCGACUGGGUGGCCUUCUGUCCCAUCUGAAAAAAGCUCUGAAAGAUGAUCUUGCAUCAAAAGCAAACAUCAUUAUUGACCCUGCCGAGAUCUCAGCUAUCUCCAUGGAUGACUUGGAUGAGGACGAUGAGAAUAUAACUCAGCAGCAGAGGCCAACUGGAGCUGCUGCAAUCGGAGGAGCACUAGCCAGGCCGAGCUGGUUAAGUUCACCUACGUUAGGCCGAGCGAAUAGAUUCCUGAGCACAGCGGCGGUCAGUUUGAUGAAUCCCCGUCGAUCGUUGACAACCGUAGAGAAGGUGAAGAUUCGGACAUUGAACAUGGAGCAGAGGACGGAAGAGGACAUUGAGGGGAGCCAUGCAAACGAUGGUCUGUUAGUGGGGCGUCCUUCCGAUGUGAGAGAUCAGCUACUCACAGAGAAAUCUUUACUGGAGAUCCUGGAUGGAGUCAUUAUGAUGUACAACCUCAGUGUCCAUCAACAGCUUGGCAAGAUGGUUGGGGUCUCUGAUGAUGUCCAUGAAUAUGCCGUGGCCUUGAAAGACACAGAGGAGAAGAUCACAAGAUGCCCUUCGAAGAGGAAGGACAUCAUGGAAGAGUUGAUCAAGAGUCAGAGAGUCUUUUCUGAGAAACUCAACCACCUGAGCCGGCGACUUGCCUGGAUCAAUGCCACCAUCUACUCAAAGGAGAAGAUGCUGGACAUUUACUGGCUGCUGCAGAUCUGCAUCAAAACAAUCGAGCGAAGUGACCGCACGCAGUCGUUGUUUGCCUUUAUGCCGGAGUUCUACCUGAACGUCGCGAUGAACAGUUACAGUGCUCUGAAGAAUUACUUCAGCCCAGUGAAUAGCAUGGAUGAGCUGCCUGGAUAUCAGGACACUCUGAGCCGAUUGGCUGCAAUCUUGGCAAAGCAUUUUGCUGAUCCUCGGAUUGUGGGAACAGACAUUAAGGAUUCUCUGAUGCAGGCACUUGCCAGUUAUGUUUGCUAUCCACACUCCCUGCGAGCUGUCGAACGCAUUUUAGAGGAGCAGCGUAUGGCGAUGAUGAAGAACCUUUUAGCUCCGUAUGAACAGAGACCAUGGGCACAGACCAACUGGAUCCUUGUGCGUCUCUGGAGGGGUUGUGGAUUUGGCUACAGGUACACCCGACUCCCUCACUUGCUGAAAACCAAACCAGAGGAUGCCAACAUGCCAAGUCUACAGAAGCCCUGUCCCUCGACCCUGUUACAGCAACACAUGGCAGCUCUGCUGUGCUCUGACUUUGAGAUGGCGGCCAGCUUCCUGAACAGCGUCCUCAAUCAGCUCAACUGGGCAUUCUCGGAGUUCAUUGGAAUGAUUCAGGAGAUCCAGCAGGCAGCCGAGCGACCCGAGAGAAACUUUGUGGACAGUCGGCAGCUGAAGGUUUGCGCCACCUGCUUCGACCUCUCGGUGAGUCUGCUGCGAGUCCUGGAGAUGACAAUCACGCUCGUUCCUGAGAUCUUCCUGAACUGGACCCGACCAUCAGCAGAAUUACUGCUGAGACGCCUCGCACAGCUGAUAAACCAAGUCUUGAACCGAGUGACGGCUGAAAAAAACCUCUUUGACCGCGUGGUCAAUCUGCGCUUACCUGGUUUGGAGAGUGUGGAUCAUUAUCCAAUCCUUGUUGCAGUUACAGGAAUUCUUGUCCGGCUCCUGGUAGACUCUGAUGUUCAGGGGAUCCAGCGUGCCACGGCUGUGCUUCUUGCUGAUCCCUGCUUCCAGCUGCGAUCGAUUCAAUACCUCCUCGGAGAAAAUGAGACGUCUACCCUGGGAGCAACACCCUCCACGGCCGAGAGGAAACACUUCUCUCUCCAAGCAUAUCCAGAAUAUAUCAGCCUGGAGGAAUUGGGGAAGGUUGAAGACUUAUUCUCCCACCUGACCAACGAGUCUAAACAGGCUGCAGCCGCUGCCCUGCCGACCAGUGAGGAAGACCUGUGCCCUAUUUGUUAUGCACACCCGAUCUCUGCAGUCUUCAGGCCAUGUACACACAAGUCCUGCAAGGCCUGCAUCAACCAGCACCUGAUGAACAACAAGGAUUGUUUCUUCUGCAAGGCCACUAUCACCGGAGUGGAUGACUAUAUUAAGCCAUCCACCUCCUUCACAUCCUAAUCGCCACCGAUCGAUUGCCUGUGACCCUGGUCCUGUGACCCUGCGUUUACCUGCUUUCCUUUCUUUGCCAGCGUAAAGGAGAGACUCUCUACUCAGAGGUAUUUGGGGACAAUUCAGUUGGGUAUUUUUGCAGGGACUGAAAUCGGAUAUUCGAUGUUUACAAAGGGAACGGUCCUUGGAAUGGUGCUUCACCAGCUGAUGAGACGCUAGUUAGACUCUGCUAUUUCAAUUCAUAUAUCGAUCGCUAGAGAGACUGAGACAAAUGUGUUCUAAAGGACAACUAAUAGAUUGGAUUUCGCUUUGUCCUGUCAGAUAUCGGCCCGCACACUAAUCCUAAACCACAUUCAACUACCCGGGUCCUAAUGCCUGCCCAAAACCUGAUGAUAUGACAAACACUUAGGGGUCUUGUGAAAUUUAAAAUGAUUUGAGGAAGGAGGGUAUGUUGGUGUCCUGGACACUUGUGUGCUUUCCGCUGUUGGAGCUGUGAGGUGGUAAUGGGAUCUAACCAGGCAGAUAUAUUCAUCCAGUUAAUUGCUGCAUGUGAUGUGAUGAUGCUUUCAUCUGUCGAGAGCAAGAUCCCUUUAAACUCUUAUGGUUUGUUACUCCCCUAAAUAGGUGCAUGGAAUCAGCACAAUUCUCCAGCCUCCCUCCCUCCUUCAGGAAACUGCAAGGUUACUGUUAAGCACUGUCGAUCACUAUCGGCUAUUGUAUUUUAUUUGGAGGAUGCUGCAUUGUUCAGUUCUCGACCUUGUCCUGAACGACAGAGGAAUUUUGCGCCAGAUAUUAAGUAUCUCCAGACUUUCCAGGCAGGAUCCUCUGCCAGGUCUUCCCUGCAGCAAACCAACCUUGGAGGCAGCAGGUUCCUGCUUAUUUUCCUGAUUGUCUGUCUGUCUCUCUGUGGGGAAGGAACGUCAGGAUAGAGCUCUGUUUACAUCGGGUGCUUUUGAGCGUGAGGUCGUGACAUCAGUGAACCUUCAGCACACGGGGACUUUAGUUAAUGGCCAUGUGGAGUAUAUCUAUGUUGCUGUACUUUUCUCAAUGGGCCUCAGAGACAUUAUGUCCCCAGACCUGGCUUUGUGAUACUCCGGUUAUUACAGGGAAUGUGCUUUGGGUUCCUUUGGUUCUUUCCAAUCUUCAGUAAAACACAAGACCGGGGAGAAACGGUAUCAACCGAGCCAAUGCCCACUUUAUAACACUCAAAUCUAUUACGUACGAAUAAUCCCACUGAGAUAAAGGUACAAGUCAACUGUGCACAACAUGGGAGGGAGGGAGUGUGCAGCGUCUGGACUCUGUGAUGUUAGUUUAUUGAGUUCCAGUGUGUGCCUCUAACAAACACUUGCCAUACAAGAUCCUUUCCUGUCCAACAGCCAAAGGCUGUGGCGACUGAUGCUUUACAAUAGCAGUUUGUCAGACCAGAUUGUGCAUUAUUAUGCUGAAAGGACUUGUUACAGAAACACACAAAAGGUACAGUUUACAUCAAAGAACAUGUGUUAGGAGUUUUGCAGUCCAGUUACGGGAUGUUGAGGAGUUUGCAUCCCAGUCAGACACGUGUCUGAUUUAAGCUUUCAGCUACUGUAGGUCAAGAGAGUGAUUUUUUUUAAUCCUUCACACCAAUUGUCACUUUAAAGAGAAGGGUCCUACUUUGCACACAAUAUGUACAGUCAAUGCAGUGUAUCCUGCGAAGCCCUUUGAGACGUCUCGAAGACGUGAUAAAGCGCGAUAUCAAAUGCAAGGAUUAUUAUUAUUACUCCAUUCGUUACUUCUCAUUAAUUGUCACGACUGCUUCUGGAAUUGUCUGGCAGUAACUUAUUCCAACUAUGAGUACAGUAGUAGGUGGUUUUGCUAUAAUGAGAAGCAGACUGUUGUUACAGGUGGAAUCAGAUUGGGAAACCGCUGAGCUGGGUCUGGCUGCUCCCAGGACCCUCGCUGUUAAAGGGCUGGGUGUCGGCUGAUAUUAAACUCAUUACUAAAAACCAGGUCAUUCUUUUAGAGCUUUUAAAUUUUGUAAAAUGAUCCAAUAUCAUUAUCGGAACUUUCUGUGGGUCUCAGCCAUAUAAAAUAUUGUCUAAACGUCAGAAUUGUUUGACCCUAAAUUUGGUUACUUUCGCGGGGUCAAAGCUUUACACCUUUUUUUUAUUAAAAAAAAGAUUUCACAAAUCGGUUCGAUUCUUAUUUUGAAGCGAAGCCAGGUGAAGGCACCAGGACCCCGUUUUAAUAAUGUUCGGCGUGUUAUUUACUGGUGAGGGAGAGAGAGCUAGAAGAACCCACACUUCCCACCACCCCUCAGUGCGUGGGGUUUGGGAGCCGGGUGUUUUAACUGCUUUUAAUACUUAUUAACUAAGAUUUCCUGGUGGUGUCGGGGAGAGUGUGGAGAAAAUGUAAAGCUGCUGCUUGUGUUGAUCUCAAUGGACAGUUCAGUUCUCGUGUGUGAGUUUAUCUGCAGAUCUGAGCAAUAAAUAUAUUGUGGUUAUGA